CCUGAACUCGUCCGUAAACCUGCAAAUUGACCAAAAACCCUGCAAUAUCUCCUUGUUUUUUUAGCUGCAUUCUCCGUCGUUCACAAUGAGCAUAUCCGACCGUGCUGCCGCUACCAUCGCGGAAAUCAACAGACUCGUGCCUGUCGAGCUGCAGUCCCCAAAAGUCGCCGUGAUCUGCGGGUCUGGUCUGCAGCACCUGGCCGACGCCCUCUCGCCCUCGCCCCGGGUCGAGAUCAACUUCGCUGAUCUGCCUAAUUUCCCGCAGACCACCGUCGAGGGCCAUACUGGCAAAUUGGUCUUUGGAUUGUUUGGCAAUGUGCCCUCCGUGUGCAUGGUCGGAAGAGUUCACUUUUACGAAGGUAUCUCGUUCGACCUCACCACAUAUCCCGCCCGUGUCUUUAGUGUGAUGGGUGUAGAGACCCUCAUUGUCACUAAUGCAUCCGGAGGUCUGAAUCCCGACUACAAAGUCGGGGAUCUCAUGGUUCUCAACGAUCACAUCAACUUCCCAGGUCUCGCGGGAUCACACCCCCUCAAAGGCCCCAACGACAGCACCUUCGGCCCGCGCUUCCAGCCCCUCAGCGACGCCUACGACCACGCCCUGCGCAUCAAGCUCUUCGAGACCGCAAAGACACUCAACCUCAGCCGCGCGAUCCACGAGGGCGUCUACGUCUUUGUCAGCGGGCCCACCUACGAAACCAGAGCAGAGUCGCGCAUGCUCAGGAUGUUUGGCGGCGACUGCGUCGGCAUGAGCACAGUGCCUGAGAUCAUCGUCGCGCGCCAUUCCGGCAUGCGCGUGCUCGCAAUCAGCUUGAUCACAAACGCUGUCGUUAUGACUCCUACGCCCAAGGCGAGCGACGGCGCGGCUGAUCUCGCGGAGGGAAUCGCUAACCAUGCUGAAGUUAUCGAGGCCGCAAGGCUGGCUGGUAAUGAUCUGCAAUUGUUGGUGUUGGAGGUUAUCAAGGCAACCUACCAGUAGUCCAUAC